AUGUCUGAUUGUCCAUCGCUAGCAGGAUCACUAUCUUCGGAUGAGUUACAUUCCUCCACGUCGUUGGAGACGCGGCAGGUCUCUGAGAAAUCGAACAGGGCACCCAUCGCACAUUUAGACGAUGACGUACAGUCAUCGGGGAAAUCUAUACACCCGUCGAGAACGAUAUCAAACCAGCUCGAUGAACAGGAUGUUAUGGACAUGAUACCAUACUCUCGGUUUGGUACAAAAUCGAAGCUGGGACUUGUCGUGCAGUGUGCAUUCACUGGGUUUUUCUCCAGUAUCGCAGGCGCCAUUUACUACCCUGUACUGAGUGUCAUUGAAAAUAAGUUCCACAUCAAUGAGGAACAAGUCAACAUGACGGUGGUCGUAUAUUUCAUCUUUCAAGGAUUGUCACCAACGCUCAUGGGUGGGCUCGCAGACUCUCUUGGGAGACGUCCCGUGAUAUUGUGCUCCGUUAUCAUAUACUUCUGCGCCUGUAUAGGCCUCGCGUGUUCCAACAACUAUGCACAGGUGAUUGCACUGCGUUGCCUGCAGGCAGCAGGGAUCUCCCCCGUGAUUGCGAUCAAUUCCGGGAUGAUGGGGGAUGUCACGACCAAGGCCGAACGUGGUGGGUACGUCGGGUACGUGUCUGGGUUUCAAGUAGUGGGUACCGCGACAGGGGCCGUGUUCGGUGCCCUGCUGUCAUCCCGUUGGGGUUGGAGAUCCAUAUUUUGGUUCCUAGCCAUUGGGUCUGGUGCAUGCAGUAUAGUGUCUUUGUUGUUGCUUCCCGAAACGAAACGGACUAUUGUUGGGAAUGGGUCUGUAACACCGAAGAGCAUCUACAAUUACUCGCCGAUACUGAGAUUACCGCCAGUCAGGAAACAACUUCACCUGGACAACCCCGAUUAUGAAACGCUAGAGGCUCAUGUGAGAGUAAGCCUAUGGGCUCCCCUCUCUGUGAUGAAGAUCCCUGAGAUAUCCGUGCUGUUGUUUGUCGCUGGUCUGCAAUACGCAGUCAUGUGUACUCACCAGACCGCGCUAACUACUGCACUGAGUAAAGAUUACCACAUGGAGGUCAUCUACAUUGGUGUGUGCUUCCUUCCCUCGGGGCUCUGCACCAUGGUAAGCGUGAUACUGUCCGGCCGUUACUUGAACUGGACGUACAGGAGGAGAAUGGCGAAGCAUCAAAUGUGGCUGAAGGAACAGGAAGAGUUGUUGAUCGCAGAGCACCACGAUGUAGCGAAAGUGCAUGACAUACUGGCCAACGAUCCACAGUAUACUUUCAACAUAUACAGGGCACGUCUGGAACCGGCACUGUUCACGCUUGUGUUGAGUUCCUCCGGGUUCAUAUGUUUUGGGUGGUGCAUAUCCGUUAAGGCCCCUCUAGCUGCCGUCUUGGUGAUGAGCGGGUUUGCGUCACUAUUCUCGAACUGUAUCCUCACGAUGUCCAUGACUCUGAUCGUCGACCUGUUCCCCUCUAUCUCAUCAACCGCCACAGGGUGUCUAAAUUUUGUCAGAUGCUCCCUUGCGGCUAUACUAAUCGCGUGCCUGAACAAGAUGUCGAACAAGAUGAAAUGGGGCGGCGUAUUCACGCUUCUGGGCUGCCUGACUGGGUGUAGUUCCUUCCUACUGCUGACACUAGUCAAGAACGGCAAAACGCUUGCCCUGAAGAGCAGACGCAAGAACGAGAGAGAGGCAGCGAAAAACGCUGCAUCCAAGAACGACACCAAAGUGUAG